AUCCCUAUCUCCAUCUCCAUCUCCACCCCCUCCUCCUCCCUCGACGCACCAUAGCCGCCCAGCAAGUUACGCAGACCCGCGCAUGUCUGCAAAACAAAAUGGUACUCUGGUCGCUACGGAUGGCGCCGCCUCGCCAAACAAUACUUCUUCGAGACUAGACGUGCCUAUGGGUCCAAGCAAAAUACAAGGUCACCCAUCGUCUCAGUUUCUCCUCCCUCCCUCCACUAUCACUCCCACACCCGCACGUACUUCCCGCACAAUCGCCAUGGACCCAAGUACCCCGUCUCCCGCGUCUCGCAACCCUAGCGACAAGACCAAAGGCAAACGGAAGGCCGAAGACAUCGACACCACACCGCCUGAGCAGAAAAAGGACGCGCAGCGCGCGACAUUCGCUGUCCCAGAGAGCAACCGAACUCAAUCUAAUCACACAGGUCAAAAGCUCUCUGCUGCAUCACACGCGCCAUCAUCGUACCACCGCAAGCGCGCUCGUAUAUCAACGUCCUCUCUUUUUGGCACCCCCAUCCACUCACGGCCCGUCUCUAUUCAGGGCCAGAGCGUGAAUUUAGAGCGGACGCCCGAGGUGGGCAAGUUCGGUUCCUGGUCAAGCCAAACGAGCGCUCGUGUACAAUCCAACUCCCGCGCACCCUCUCGUGCCACGUCCACUCGUUCAGCUCGUCCCCAACAAACCCCUAGCAGGAACUCCCACACCACCUCAAUCGCCCAGAACCAGAAUCAGAAUCACACGAAACAUCAAAGCAUGUCUCAGGCGUCUAUCCCUAUCAGCGCGCUCGUGUCCCCGCAUGCGCCUUCGAUCGCAACUUCUGGCAAGUUUCAUAUGCGAGAUCCUAGACGCCCGCCGAAGAAACUUGCAGAGACGCCUUGGACACUGCAUUUUCGUGAGGAGGAUGAGCCUGGAUCGCCUGUGCAUGCGUGGUACUUCUUCUUGGGAUUCAUUUUGUUUCCUCUGUGGUGGAUCGCUGCGCUUCUCCGCACACCGCGCACGCGCGUUGUUGGUGAUGAGAAGGGCGUUUCCUUGGAUGAUCCGCAGAUCGAGCAUGAUGCAAAAGCAUGGCGGUUCCGGUGCCGCGUCAUGUCCGUCGUGUCGCUAUUCACAUACAUCCCCUUCAUCAUUCUAGUCGUCUUAUUCGUCGGACGAUAGCCCUGCACAUGAACAAGUCACGCGCGUAUUUUGCAUUCCAAGAACUCUCUGACUUUUACCCCCAACGGCACGUUACGUUUCUCAUUGCACUUAUGACGUUCCCUUUUCUUGCUGCAUACUUCAUGUUCUAUGCAAUCCCCCACGAACAUUCCGCUCCACUGCAGUUUUCUCGUCCAGUUCCGGUUCUGCG